AUGGGGCUAAUCACAUUCUUCAGUCCAGCUGUCACGCUGUUCUGUGGCUUGAUAACCCUCUGGGUCGUCAAGACGAUUACAAGUUAUGCCAAACUGCGCCAGUUUGAGGGUCCUCGCUGGACUGGGAUCUCAAACUGGCCUCAUAGUCUGGCACUGCUUCGACACAACUGCCACGAAUGGUAUGCCGAAGUCAAUAAUAAAUAUGGCCCCAUCGCCCGUGUUGCACCUCGAGUGCUGAUUACGUCCGACCCGGAGGUUUGGAUGCAUGUCAACAAUAAGCCUGGCUACAAACGAUCCGAUUGGUAUUAUACUGCCGCGCGAAUUGAACAUCGCAAAGACAAUGUUUUCACUCAGACAGAUAACGCCAAGCACGACCGACGAAGGAAGCAGAUGGCUCCAGGGGAGAAUCUUCAGCUUGAGGGAGCCAUAGAUGAGCGAGUCCAAGAUUUUCUAGACCUUAUCCGGGCCAAAUACGUCUCAUCUGACAACGAUACGGUCCCCAUGGACUUGGCAAAGAAGGUCCAGUACUUCACUCUCGAUGUCAUUAGCAGUGUUGGCCUCGGUAGUAAUUUCGGUAUGCUGGAGAGCGACCGGGACGUGGAUAAUUACCUUUCAUCGCUGGAGGAGGGCCUUUCUAUCGGAAAUACUGCCCUCGCCAUGGGCUUCAGUUGGAUCACCCAGGCACCAUUCAUCGGUAAAUACGUGGCUGCCUCGCCCAAGGAUAAGAACGGAUUUGGAAAGAUGAUGACUGCUUGUUUUCAAAUUGUCGAUGGGCGUGCUGCGAGCAAGACCGAUCAGCGAUCUGACAUGCUGGCCUCUUUCAUACGUCACGGUCUCUCUGGCGAUGAACUACGCAGCGAGGCUCUAGAGCAAAUCCUUGCUGGUUCCGAUACAACGGCGGGUGCCAUUCGUGGAUCUCUCCUGCAUAUUAUGACCAAUCCACGCGUCUAUCACAAGCUACAGCGUGAGAUAGACGAUUCUGUCAGCAAUGGACUUGUACCGAGCGAGGGCAUCAUUACUACCGGUCAGACUAAACAGCUUCCCUAUCUGCAGGCAGUUAUCCGCGAAGCUCUCCGAGUCUGGCCGCCCGUGGCGAAUAUUUUCUCGCGUGAUGUCCCACCUGGUGGUGAUACUGUUAUUGUUGAUGGGGAGAGUGUAUUCCUGCCCGAUGGUGCUUGUAUUGGGUAUUCAGCAUACUCUAUGCACCAUAGCGAAAAGAUAUAUGGCAAAGAUGCCAAGGUCUUCAGGCCAGAGCGAUGGUUUGAAUCAGACUCAACUAAGUUAGCUGGUAUGGUCCGGACAAAUGAGCUUAUAUUCGGUUAUGGGAAAUACCGUUGUUUGGGCAAGACCGUGGCUGACAUAGAGAUCGGAAAAUUGAUAUUCGAGCUCUUCCGAAAUUUCGACUUGUCACUUAUCAACCCGACGCGCCCCUGGGACGUGAAGAACUAUCUUGGGCUUUUUGCGAUCUCAGAUAUGUGGAUACAGGUUAUAGAGCGUAACCCUUAG